CCAAAAUUAACCAGGCCUACAUUAUGUUUUUGAGCAACUUCAUAUGUUUGUGCCCCUCUGCUGUUGUGCUUGAAUGGGUGAGGUAGUCAGCAAUCAGGAUAUUUUGUCAAUUGGUCCCUGCCUUGAAUGCUGUUUCAAGACAGGUUCUGAGGUUGUAUCUAAAGGAGAGUUCAACAAAAUGCUACUGGUCAGUUCACUAGUUUCACAUGGAUUCUCAGAGAACUGCAACAUCCAAUAGAUUUACAGAAAAGGAAAUUAAUUAUGCUGUCUUCUUAUUUUUUAUGGAGUCUGUCUUGGUCGUUCAAUGGAUUGCAGAUUUGGGUCCCUUUACAUGGAAGGAAAAAAGCCUUCCAUUGUCCUUGUCCACUUCACAGUUUGAAUUUAAGGUCUUUCUUGAGCCACAGUGAAAUGUGGCUGCAGAAGCUGGGAUACCUUGUAUAGAGUGCUAGAGAUCCUCCUAAAAAUGAUGUGGCUUCUUUUAACAAGAUAUAAAGUUUAUGUGACUUCUGCAAUUUUAGCAGCAGAUGGCAGGCUCAGACAGGUAAUUGUUAGAAGAAAGAGAGCAAGCUAGAGAGAGAGAGUGAGAGUGAGGAAAAAAAAGAGAGAGAGAGCCUUUAGAAUUUGAGGCAAAUGGAACUAAAUAGAGCACCAUCCCCAUUUGGAGCUGUAAUAGUCUUGACAUUUGUCUGCCUGAGAAGAGCUUCAGUAUAUUGUCCUUUGGAUCCAGCCUUCCUCUAUCGCAGUUGACAAUGCUGAAACCCACAGACUCCCUGGAGCUCAUAUAUUACCUAAACUGUUUAUACAGGGAACCCAGGACAGUUGUACUCCACAAGGGAUCCACCGGCCUUGGCUUCAACAUAGUGGGGGGAGAAGAUGGUGAAGGCAUCUUUGUCUCCUUCAUUUUAUUAGGUGGGCCAGCGGACCUUAGUGGAGAGUUGAGGCGGGGUGAUGAAAUCCUAUCUGUUAAUGGCAUUGACCUUCGUGGAGCCACACAUGAACAGGCAGCAGCUGCACUGAAGGGAGCCGGGCAAGUGGUCACCAUUGUUGCUCAGUACAAACCAGAAGAAUAUGGACGUUUUGAAGCAAAAAUCAAUGACCUUCGAGAACACAUGAUGAACCACAGUUCAAGCUCUGGGUCAGAGUAUCUGCGAACCAAUCAGAAGAAAUCACUCUAUGUCAGGACACUGUUUGACUAUGAGAAGUCAAAGGACAGUGGACUACCAAGCCAGGGGCUGAGUUUCAAGUAUGGUGAUAUCCUUCAUGUCACCAAUGCAUCAGAUGAUGAGUGGUGGCAAGCCUGCCGUGUCACCAGUCAUGGAGACAGCAAGGAGAUAGGAGUAAUUCCCAGCAAGAAAAGAGUGGAACGUAAGGAGCGGGCACGUCUAAAAACUGUGAAAUUUAAUACCAGUGCAGGACUGUGUGAUUCAAAAGUGUCAUUCACUGAAAAGCAAAAGAAUAAUUUCAGCUUUACACGAAAGUUUUACAAGAACAAAGUUGCUGACCAGGAUGGCAAUGAUUCACAGCGAAGUCAAGAUGAUGUAAGACUCUCCUAUGAAUACGUGCUACGCCAAGAAAUUGAUUAUGCUAGACCUGUCAUCAUUCUUGGACCCAUGAAGGACAAAAUCAAUGAAGAUCUAAUUGUGGAGUUUCCGGACAAGUUUGGCUCUUGUGUCCCACACACCACAAGGCCAAAAAGGAGCUAUGAGGUUGAUGGGCAAGACUAUCUCUUCAUGAUGUCCAGAGAGCAGAUGGAGAAAGACAUCCAAGAGCACAAGUUCAUAGAAGCUGGACAAUACAAUGACAAUCUUUACGGGACCAGUGUCCAGUCUGUAAAAUAUGUAGCUGAGAGGGGCAAACACUGUAUUUUGGAUGUCUCUGGAAAUGCUAUCAAACGACUUCAAGUUGCACAGAUGCAUCCGAUAGCCAUCUUGAUAAAACCUAAGUCUGCUGAUUCACUAAUGGACAUGAAUAAGAAACUGACUGAGGAACAAGCAAAGAAGAUAUUUGAAAAUGUUGUGAAGCUGGAGAGGGAGUUUGGAGAAUUAUUUACAGCUCUGGUUCAAGGAGACACCUUAGAUGAUAUUUAUCACAGGACUAAACAAGUCAUUGAUGAACAUUCAGGACCCUACAUCUGGAUUCCAUCAAAUGAAAAAUGAAAAUGACUCACGACCUUGAAGGGCAAUCAAGGCUGCUGGGAACAAGAAGCAGGCAGUCAUUUCUAAACUUGUGAAACUGUCAUUUUUGCCUUUGCUCUUAUUUUAUUCAGUUUUUUUCCCUCCAUGACUUUUUUCAUUAAUGUAACUUGAAAGA